AAGAUCUUGAGGGACCAUACCUGAAACAUCACUGCUCUCCUCCAAACUUGAAGGUCUCCUGAGCAUUCUGAUUCCCAUAUCCCACCUGUUAGAUGGUAACCUCGGAAAAGUCACAGUCACAAGCCGGGAGUGGCCUGCCUUCCCUCACUGUCAUGGAAAAUUCUUGCCCUAUUUGGAGCCCACACUCUCUAGGCUGACUCCCUUCAUCUCUCUAUUUCAGGAAUAUGGCUUUUUCUGCCCUUGCCACUUCAUGGUAUGUUUCGGGUCAAGGUGACCCCACUGUAUAUUUAGCCCAAGAUACUUCAAAUCACAGGCCUCCUCAGAGAACAGCCAGCUUUGUUUGAGAGCCACAGCCCACCCUGAGGGGCCUCUGGGAGCAUUUCUCAGUUCUCAAAGUUCAGAGCACCCCUUCUGUAACCCACUAUUGUCAGGCUGCUAGACACAGGCCUACUUCUCACAGUUCUUCUCCCAAAUCUGUUGUUAUUUCUAUGGGUUUACAUAGCUUGCAUCUUGUAGGGAACAUUGUAAAAUUGGAAAUUGUUUAAAAUACAGUUGUCAGCAACAAAUAAUAUACCAACUUAUUAGUACAGGCAGUACCCAGGUUAUGAACGAGAUCUGUUCCCAAGUGUGUUCUUUAAGUGGAAUUUGUAGGUGAGUCAGAACAGGAGCAUACAGCUCUUAUUUAGCCUUACUCUAGUGCAAAAAAAGGCUCCAAACCUUUGCAUUGAUUUAAAAGCUGGGCAUGGAGCAAGUGAAGGUGAUCGUGAUGAAGAAUUUGUUUGGGGUAGGGGUUGAUUCAAUCAUUUCAAAGUGAGGACAAAUUUACAUAACAUGAAAGGGCAAGUGCAAGUUGUCCCUAACUCCGAAGUUCGUAACCCGGAGACUUACUGUACUCCAUUCCUUUGAAAAUUGGUAGAUCUUUGUAUAUUCAGGGAACAGAUGUGUAUGGAGACCAGCCCUCAUCACGAAUAGGCCAACAGGGAGGCAGGAGUGGAGUGAGUAGACCUAGGUAGGCAUGACUGUGUGAUUUUGCCUUGGUGGAUGGGAGCAUGACCUGUAACAUGCUAUACUUAGCCAGCCAAAGCUUCUUACAGGAGAAAUCUCUUCCUUUCCAUCCCUCCAACACCCUCCACCAGGGCCCACCUGCAGACCAGAAGACUCACUGCAAAUCCCCUGGAAGUUAUUUAGUCUUAGAACUGAAAGCAGCCAGCUGGUUACCAGACCUGACUGAGUCCCAGCCCCAGCCUUUCACUCUUCCUUCAUUAUCCUGGAGAGCCUCCCUCUCUGUGAGAGCCAUGGUUGACAUGGGGGGCUUGGACAACCUGAUCGCCAACACAGCCUACCUGCAGGCCCGGAAGACAUUGGAAGGAGACAGCAGGGAGCUGCAGCGGCGCCGGCGAAGCCUGGCGCUGCCUGGCCUGCAGUGCUGUGCUGAGCUCCGCCAGGCCCUGACCCCCAACUUUGACAGCCUGUGUGAGCAGCAGCCCAUUGGCCGCCGCCUCUUCCGGGACUUCCUAGCCACAGUGCCCAUGUACCGAGAGGCCGUGGCCUUCCUUGAAGAAGUGCAGAGCUGGGAGCUGGCUGAGGAGGGCCCCACCAAGGGCAGCACCCUGCAGGGGCUGGUGUCUACUUGUGCAGGUGGCCCUGCCUCAGGACACCCAUACCCCUUCCUCAGCCAAGCUCUGGCCACCAAGUGCCAAGCAGCCACCACUGAGGAAGAGCGAGUGGCUGCGGUGGCUCUGGCCAAGACCGAGGCCAUGGCCUUCUUGCAGGACCAGCCGUUCCGGGACUUCCUGGCCAGCCCCUUCUAUGACAAGUUCCUGCAGUGGAAACUCUUUGAGAUGCAGCCGGUGUCAGACAAGUACUUCACUGAGUUCCGAGUGCUGGGGAAAGGUGGUUUUGGGGAGGUAUGUGCCGUUCAGGUGAAAAACACUGGGAAAAUGUAUGCCUGUAAGAAACUGGACAAGAAGCGGCUGAAGAAGAAAAAUGGCGAGAAGAUGGCUCUCUCGGAAAAGGAAGUCUUGGAAAAGGUCAGCAGCCCUUUCAUCGUCUCCCUGGCCUAUGCCUUUGAGAGCAAGUCACAUCUCUGCCUGGUCAUGAGCCUGAUGAAUGGGGGAGACCUCAAAUUCCACAUCUACAGGGUGGGCGAUCGGGGCCUGGCCAUGAGCCGAGUCAUCUUCUACUCGGCCCAGAUGACCUGCGGAGUGCUGCACCUCCACUCCCUUGGCAUCCUCUACCGGGACCUGAAGCCUGAGAAUGUGCUUCUGGACGACCUCGGCAACUGCAGGCUGUCCGACUUGGGGCUGGCCGUGCAGAUGCAGGAUGGCAAGUCUGUCACCCAGAAGGCUGGAACCAAUGGUUACAUGGCUCCUGAAAUCCUAAUGGAAGAAGUGAGUUAUUCCUAUCCUGUGGACUGGUUUGCAAUGGGGUGCAGUAUUUAUGAAAUGAUUGCUGGACGAACGCCAUUCAAAGAUUACAAGGAAAAGGUCAGCAAAGAGGAUCUAAAGCAAAGAACCCUGAAAGAGGAGGUCAUAUUCGAGCAUGAUAACUUCACAGAGGAAGCAAAAGAUAUUUGCAGACUCUUCUUGGCUAAGAAACCAGAGCAACGCUUAGGAAGCAGAGAAAAGUCUGAUGAUCCCAGGAAACACCCUUUCUUCAAAACCAUCAACUUUCCUCGCCUAGAAGCCGGACUUGUUGAACCUCCAUUUGUUCCAGACCCAUCAGUAGUUUAUGCCAAAGACAUCGCUGACAUUGAAGAUUUCUCUGAGGUUCGGGGGGUUGAAUUUGAUGACAAAGACAAGAAGUUCUUCCAAAGAUUUGCGACAGGUGCUGUGCCUGUAGCAUGGCAGGAAGAGAUUAUAGAAACGGGACUAUUUGAAGAACUCAAUGACCCCAACAGGCCUGCAAGUUGUGGAGAGGGUAAUUCAGCCAAGUCUGGGGUGUGUUUGUUAUUGUAAAUUGUACUGUCUACCAGACAGGAGGCAGGAGUCUCAGCUGACAUAAUCCUCAAAUGUCCCAAACAGUUGAGAAAUCUGAUAAAUGAAGACAGAUCCAUCAGGAGAGGUAUUUCCAUCACAGAACAGUUCAAAGAGCAGGAGAGCUCGCCGCUAGGAUCCGUUUUCUUUUUUUCCUUCUUUCCUUUUUUUUUUUUUAAUUUUAAAUAAAUGGUAGAGCCUGAGUUUUCACUGAGGACUGGUAAAAGGAACACUCAGGUUUAUUUUGAUAAGCUAAAAACAUGAGCCCUCCACCAUCGCGUCCCUGUGAGUUACGCAAAGUCCUAGGAACAGAGAAUGGAACUUUGUGGUGUACUCAGAAAAUGAGCAUUUACAAUUCUUAGUAAAUAAUCAUUUUAGUUUUUCAUUGUUUAUAUCCUUUCUUCCUUUCAUCUUUCAGUAUUUUUCUGGCUCUGUACUUAUAAAAAGGAUUUUGAAGCUGUGAAUAAAUGUUGUUGAUGUUCUCACCCUAAAAAGAAGUGAACUGCAAUAUUUUGGCGUUUCAGAUCACAGAAUAAUUUUUAAUUUCACUGACAGGUCUUUACCUAAUUUUUCUUUUUUUAGUCAUUUACUAUUGUAAUGUUGAGGUAUUUUAAACGUAAAUAUUCUUGGGGUGAAUUAAAGUGUUCUACAGGUUGAGUCCUUUAAGUUACAAAUUACCUGCACAUGAAAUUUCAGAUGCUAGUAGUCCCCAGAUGUUGCUGUACUUUGGAAUCAUGUAGUGUAUUAGUUAUCUAGUGCUGCUGUAACAAAAAAUACCACAAGUGGGUGGCUUUAAAGAACUAGAAUUUAUUUUCUCAUUGUUCUGGAGCCUAGAAGUCUGAAUUCAGGGCAUCAACAAGGCUAGGCUCUCUCUCUCUCUCAGCUCUAGGGGAAGAUCCUGGUCUCUUUCAGCCUCUAUAGCCCCAGUUCCUUGGCUGCUUAUAAAUAUAUCUUCACAUGGCAUCUGUGUUCCCCUUCCAUGUGUUUCUGUGUCUGUUCUGCUCUUUUUAUAAAAUGCCACUCAGAAGGGAGUAGGUUUAGGACCCGCCCUACUCAGGGAGGAGCUCAUUAACAUAAUAAAAGAAAAUCCCUAUUUCUGAACAGAUGGAAUUCACAGGUACAGGGAUUUGGGCUUUAACAUAUACUUUUUGGGGACACAAUUCAAUCCAUGACGCCUAUGGAGCUUUAAAAAAUACUAAUGCCUGGUUCCCAUCCCCAGACAUUCUGAUUCAGUUGACAUGGAACAUGGCCUGGGCAUUUAGAUUUUUAAAGUCUCCUCAGUUGAUUCUAAUAUGCAGCAAAGUUUGGGAGAUACUGCCAUAUGUAUUUAUACGUUAUUAUAUAUAAGCUCUCAUAAACUUAGACAGUAGCUUUUCAAAUAUUUGAAAAGCAUGUGUUUUUGGCAAUUGCAGUAUAAAUAAAACUGAAAAUAAUCUUUAUUGAUCUUGUAGAUUGUCUUGUUCUUGUACACCUUAGUUCCUCACACAGAUUUCGAAAGGUAAAUCUCUUGGAUAUUUCAAAGCCUAAAAGAGAAAUGUGGGGCUUAGAAAUUGAAUUGACCAAAUGAUGUCCUUCAUUUCAAGUGACUGGCCAGCCAGUACCAUACUAUAUAAUUAUCCCAUCUCAAAAGCACAACUGAAGUGAGAAUUCUAAGACUGCAAAAAAUAUUUUGAACACAAAUGUAAAUCUGGGUGAUAUAGUUUUUAAAAGAUGUAUGUGUACAGAAGGAAAUCUUUCUUUUCCCAAUGGUGAGAGGCCUGGUUGAAGUCAUUUUUUUUUAACGUUUUGUCCCUUAGAAUGAAGAAAACUGAAGAAAAAAGGGAAAGAUUAAUUUCAAGGAGUAAUAGGCCACGACUACCACAGCCUCAACCAGGCUGAGUCCAGCACAACUAGAUGGCGCCCGGCUUUCAUCAAUGACUGCUCUGACAGGAUCACAAUAGAGGGCCCCAGACAGAGCUGAAGAAAAAUGUAGAGCAAAAUUCUAACUCACAAAAAAGACCAGACUUACUGGUUUGACAGAGACUGGAGAAACCCUGAGAGUAUGGCUCCCAGACACCCUUUUAACUCAGUACUGAAGUCACUCUUGAGGUUCGCCAUUUGGCCAAAGAUUAGACAGGCCCAUAAAACAAAAUGAAACUAAAUGGGCACACCAACCCGGGGCAAGGACAAGAAGGCUGGAAGGGACAGGACAGCUGGUAAUGGGGAAACCAAGGUAGAGAAGGGGAGAGUGUUGACACAUCAUGAGGUUGGCAACCAAUGUCACAAAACAAUACAUGUAUUGUUUGAUGAGAAACAUGCUCUGUAAACCUUCAUCCAAAG